AUGGAGUCUCUUCCUACAAACCUUAAUCUAGGAAAAAAGAAAGUGGUGGAAUCCCCCUUGUGUCCUAUUUGUCUUAAUGAUACUAAAACAGUUUCACAUGCUCUAUGGUCCUGCAAGGCAGCCCAAGAUGUGUGGUAUCUAAACUCAAGGAGAUUACAGAAAUUGAGUAUCUCUGAAAAGUCCUUCAGAGACCUUCUUGAACUUAUGCUAGACCAAUUAUCCUUAGAGGAAAGUUGUGAGGUGGCAGUAACUUCUAAGCUCUUGUGGCACAAAAGAAACUACUUUAUAUUCGAGAACUCAUUUACUUCACCAUCACAACUCUCCAACAAGAUCCAGGCAAAGUUGUCCCUCCUUAGAUCAUGGCAUGAACUCAGAACACAGAAGCAGUUGAAUCAAGAUUUGUCUAGUCACCAAUGGACACCUCCCCCAUCAGAUCUCUACAACACAAAUUGGGAUGCUGCAAUAGAUAAGAAAAAUUCAAAGGUUGGAAUUGGUGUGGCAAUCUGA